AUGGCGUCGAACAGAUGGUACUAUGGGCUAGUGGAAGAUACACCGGAAAAUGAGAUAUCCACAGAGAAUAUCCUCGAAUCCCCGAGGAUAAGGAAGCCACCGGGCGGGAUCUCCGCUGAUACACUGGUUCAAAAGAGCGAGCCCAAUCGACCUGAGCGUGGCCGGAGACGUCUUGAGCAGCUUGUGAAGGGAAAGAAUGGCCCCCAGGCUGGUAUUGAAAGUACCACGGCAGAGAGCCUAAGGGACGCACGCUCCAUGGGAAAUAACAGUUCUGAUUUCCACCCAGGCACGCCAAUGAUAGAGGGGGUUUCUGACAGCGAGCGGCUGCAAGAGGUCGAAUCGGUGAUUGUGGUUGAAAGAACACCAAAGCGGGCCAAAACAAAGAGCAGAUCCAAUGAAGCAGAGAAUCUAGCCAUGGAACUUGGUUUUAAUGCCCCUGGAGUCAUCGAACCUGAAAGGUCUAAUGGCCACGUUGUAACGGGAAGGGAGGCCCCUGUAGAAGAUGUCAGUUUUGCCGACACCCCUUCUCCCGGCUUCAAACAAGCAAACCUCAGAUCUACUCGGAGUUCAACUCGGCGGCCAAAUAAGGCUUCUUGCCACCAGUCUCCUACAGGAACUGUAACUGACGGCCUUAUAAACACCUCCGACGCCUUCAGUGCCCGGCCCCAGGAGGGUUCUGGGUGUGUCGCCGUGGUCAACGGUGCGUCGAGUACUACUGCUGCGUAUUCAGGCAUAUCCACGAAGACUUUCAAUGAAGAACUCACCCAGAACAAUUCGACAGCGUCUAUACUACAAAGGCCUGGACGGACAUCACCCUCUACCGGCUUCCAUGGCAAAAGCAGUCUUGAUGAUUCACAAUCCACUUCACUUCUUUUAGAUCAAACUCUACAGCGGCGGCUUCGAUCCUCCUUUCAUCAAACAAUUCCUCAACGUCAGCUUCAAUCUUCCUUUGGUCAGUUUACAGAUAGAUUGAAAGACAAGUCUAGUAUACUCCAGGCGCAAGACUCCUCCGCAACUCUUCUAUCAACGCCUGCUUUCAGCAGCACCACCCCACUCGAUUCAUCACAUAACACAUCCCAUCUAUCUGACUAUAAGUCUAUUGCAACCUCCCAAGUCAACACAUCUACAACUAUUCAACAAGAUCAACGAACUCACAACCUGUUGAUCACAGACACCGAAUAUAUGGCCGAAGCUGGUACUCGGCAAAGCAGCGCCGUAGAGCUGGAUAGUGACAAUAGUUCGGUGCUCUCAGAUCUCGACUCGAUCGACUUCACUGAAGAAGAAGCCGCCUUGCUUUUGAAUUCACAUCAGCCAGAACUGGCUGCAGAGCAGGAGCCAAAUACCCAACCAGCCAAGUCUCGGCCGGCACGCCAGAAGAAGCAAACGCCAAAGAGGCCUUGUGGAAGACCUCCGAAAGAGAAGAAUGAAUUGCAAAAAGCGGCGGCCCAUGCGAAAGCUGUCACAAAAAAGCCACCCGCGAAACCCAGGCCACCAAAGGGGGCCAGUCGAGCAUCUGGAAGGAAGAAAAAAGUAGACGAAGAUGAUGAGAAAGAUGAUUUCCAGCCAGAAAAGGACUUUGGAUCCGCUAUAUCGGAGUCGGGAGUGGGCCUUCGAGACAGGUCGAAGCUCAAGGCACCAGUUACGUAUGAGGACCGGGUUGAUGCAACUACGGACUUGAUGCAAAGACCAGGUGCCAGGACUGGAUUGAAAAUGGUUGUCUCUACGAAGAAGUCUGGGAAAACUCGUGGUACGUUGUCUUCCCCUUAUUUUUGCGAUUUCUCAUCGUUAUAAACCGAGUCGGUCCUUGUUCUCGCAGUUAGUUACGUCUUGCAUCAAGUUGGUAUAUGUACAGGCUUGCAUCUACAUUGCGCCCAGAUGCUGCCUGUAUUGAGUGGCAUCGGGAUAAGAAUGAAGCAAGUGCGAAGUUCUACUCUCGAUGCCACUUGGGUAAAAGUCUCAUAUGCCUCAAGAACUUGGUUACUUU